AUGCCAUCACAAAAGGAAUCCGAUGAUGUUUUGAUGCUCGCCGACAGCCGAAUUAAAUGUGGGGAAGCAGAUGGCCGGGCAGUUGUUGAUCAGGCGCAUGACAUUGCGCGGCAGGUGUCUACAGCUCUGCAGCAGCACAGCAGGGCUUGUUCGGUCAUAUCGCCAUUUCUUCUUUCGGUGGCUGCCGAGGUCUGGGCGACCAUGAAUCAAGGUCUUGUUUCGCAAUGGAACUGUGUCCGGGAUGAUGAUCCACGUAUGGAGUCACAUCCCUUCUUCAAAAAGACCGUUGGAUAUGAACAACUGGUGCCAGAGCCAGCAGAAGCACGAGGACAAGUAGUCUCCCCAAUCCCAACAGUACCUCUCAAACAAAUGUCGAUUCCGCCGAUCGAUUCACUGCCUCAUGCCGGUCAUGCACACAACCUGGUUGUUCCUGGCACAAUGCCCGACAAGGGCAAACGGUCUGACCGCAGCACUCGUCGAUCCAGAGAGGACAGCCCAGAUGCCGAGUCAGGCAGGAAGAAACAAAAGUCCUCAAGCGUUUGUCGAAAGCCGUCAUCUCCGACACCGAGGACGAGGACAGGCAGCCAACAGCGUCCCAGGAUCCCUGAAUCUUCGGGUGCAGCACCGCCAACAUCAAAGGGCAUGACAAAAAACAUGAAGCAGCCGGAUGCUGAACCAAAGAUCGGCCGACCACGGCCACAUGGCAAAGGAAAGGAGAAGGCUGUGGACAUUGCCGAGCCCGUCAGAGGGCGCCAGCAACUGAAGUCCAAUGCUGAGGAGUACACUUCACCAUGCGAGAGAUGCAUCGGGGAGUCUUGUCUUGUUGUGGUCGGCAGGAAGGGGCAAGCUAUUAAGUCCUAUGCAAAGUGCCACUUCAUGAAGGUCUGGUGUAACCGACCAGUGUCGGUCGAUACCAGGGGUCCUCCAAUGACUCAGGAGGUUCCAAAGUCGCGUCCUCGGUCAAAGGCUGCACUGGCCUCCAAGUCCAAGGCUCGGUCCAGGACCACCAGAGCAACCUCACAUGUUCGUCCACCAACUCCUAUCCUGGAAUCCGAGGAUGCUAUUGAGGAUACCGAGGCGUCUAUGGAUGAUGCUACCGACACCGAACAGCACACCGACGUCGCCACGGAGAAGUCGGUCGAUCCUGAUCAAAUCAUGGUUGACCAGCCGAUCGUCAUAGCUUCCAUAGAUGACUUCCCCGCCGACCAUUGGCUGGAGAACACUGAUGUGCCCAUUCCCGUUCCCAUUCCCCCAACAACUCCUGCAGCCGACCUCGUUUCCCUUCCUUCAGCAACUUCAUCACCGAUGAUCCUUGAACGCAUGCUAGCACUCCCACUCAGGGUCAAUGCAAUGGAACAGGAGUUUGACGCCCGGAUCUCCUUGAUGCGUGCCGAUCUUUCCUCAAUGCAACUUGAUGUUGGCGCCACAGUCACAUUGGUGAAUGGACUUGUCGGCCUGGUGGAGAAGCUUCAGCAGGAGCGGGUCCUUGCAAAUCCAUUGUUCCCGCCACCAAUGAUAAGUCAUGGCAAUGAUACCUCGGCCACCGCAUUCGGCAUGAGGUACUUGAAUGGUGUGUUCGGCCCUUCAGUUGCUCCCAUCCCCAUUUCUGUUGGUGUCGGUCAAAUGUCGGUGUCCUGCCCUUCUGGUCGUCCUGACACGCAGGGCGGCACAUUCACAUCCGGAUCGGUGUCCUCGGCAUUAGCACAUGCCGGUCCUUCAUAA